UAACGCGGGAGGAACUGGAUGAGAUGAGUUACGCUGCUUUCUUCUUCCUCUUCUUCUUUCUUCUCUGCGAUCGAACAAGGAAUUGAGAAAUGGCGGAUUCUGCGAUCGAAGUUCUCACUCGAGCUCUCUCAGGGCAUGGAAUAAAUGAGAAGGCAAUGAUAGAUACAUUGGGAAAUUGGGAUCACGAGCACAAGAAACUCUUCAGAAUAAAGAGUAGCCAUAUUUUCAGUGAAGAUGAACGUUCCUUCGAGCGAUGGCAGGAGCAUGCCAUGCGACUUCUGAAGCAUGAAUUCAUGCGUUUUAAGAAUGCUGUUGUGCUAUGGACAACACAUCCAUGGGAAAGAGAUGCUCGUUUAGUGAGGGAAGCAUUGAGCAAAGGGAAUCACGGCCAAAACAUCAACAUCCUAAUAGAAGUAGCUUGUACCAGAACAUCUGAUGAGCUCUUGGGAGCAAGAAAGGCCUACCAUUCCCUAUUUGAUCAUUCUAUUGAAGAAGAUGUUGCGUCCCACAUCAACGCCCCCGAACGCAAGCUUUUGGUUGCACUAAUGAGUGCAUAUAGAUACGAAGGACCAAAGUACAAGGAGGAGAUAGCAAAGUCAGAAGCAGAAAAACUUGCUCGUGCAAUUAAGGAAGCAGGCAGCAAAAGGAGUAGUCUUAUAGAAGACGACGAGGUUGUGAGAAUACUCUCAACAAGAAGCAAACACUUCCUCCAUGUCCUCUACAAUCACUACAAGAAAAUCUCUGCUGGUCGAUCCAUUGAUGAGGAUCUUGACUGGGACUUGAAGCUUCAAGAUGCAGUGUUAUGCUUAGCCAAUCCUGUCAAAUACUUCACUCAUAUUCUGGAAGUGUCGCUGAAAGUUGAUGCGGACAAGAAGGUAAAAAAAGUACUGACUCGAAUCAUCGUGACAAGGGCUGAUAAAGACAUGAAGGAGAUCAAAAUUGAGUUCAAAAAUAAGUUUGGAGUUUCAUUGGAAGAGAAGAUAGAGAGUGUGUGCAAUGGAAGUUACAAGGAUUUCUUGCUCACUUUGCUGGCAAGAUCGGAUUGAUUGAUUGAUUGAUUCCACAAUCAAAAUCAGGUUUAAUCCAAAUUUAUUGUGUUUUAAUCUAUGUAUGUAUUGCUUCUUUAUUGCUUAUGGUUCUGUGUUCUUCUCUUCUGCUAUAAUUAAUUCAUCUCAAUAUUGCCACUUUUAUUGUGCCUUUUUUCCUAGCUGUCUUUGAAUAAUUUAUAAUUUGGUGAAGGCACCAAGAGACCCAAUAAUUUGCCUUCUUACUAGUAAGAACAUCUAUGGUUGUUUUC